AUGAAAGAGCACGAAAUAAACGGGCAAAUAAUCGCCCAGGGAAACUACACCCGCAGAGCCUUCCAAACAAACAACAUUAGGAUAAAAACGAAGAGCAUAGUGAGUGCCAUAGAAAACCUGCCACCAAAAAACACGAACCUACUAACCCUGAAUGAAAAUUUAAUCUCCAAAAUAAGGAGUGACGGAUUAGAAAUCAUAAAAAAGGAAGGAGAAAUAUUAGACGUGAAUUCGAAGAAUGUCUGCUACGCCCUGAAAAAUGGAAAGUUUCGUUUGAUUAAUCAGAAUGGUGUUAACACUACGAGGAUAAAGCUACCCUACGACAAUGAGGUAGUCUAUGUAGCGUUCAAUAAGGAAAAUGGAAAAUGUCUCCUUCUCUUGGACAAUAAGGGACAUCUAUAUGUAUACAGUAUUAAUGAGUACAAAGUGGAUUUAAUCCUUUGUUUGAAUUUCCCUCCAUAUCAGAAGAAAUCAUCAUCAUGGACCACAUUUUCCUCCUCCAGUAAUGCUGGUCUUGAAAAUACAUUAAAGAGUGGCUUCCCUCUAAAGGCCAGUUGGCUACCCAAGAGCGACAAUUUUUUUCUGACUGGGCAUAACAACUGUUUGUACAUUUGGAGCAUCUCUUUGCUGAUGAACGUGAUGACUGGGAAAAAGUCGAAGGAAGAGGUGGAUGUCACUGACCAGCUGGUGGCCGGGUGCGCUGUCACGCUGCUCUUUGAACCGAUAAUGCGCAGGUACAGCUACGUGGGUUCUAAGGAGGCAAACAAUCAAUUAGGCAUCGAAGCGGACAACACGUCGCAAAACACCGCGACUGAGGAGAAGACGAUGCUAAAUACCUACUGCCUGAGCCUCAAAGGAAAGUACCUCCUCGCGCUGGUGAAUAAUCACUACGCAAUCAUUUGGAAACUACAGCACAGCAAUGAGGGAAUCAAGUUUACCCUUGUCGGUUUCAGCUCCCUCCAGAAGGAAUUGAAAACGGUUAAAGCGAUGCUGGACACGGGGGGAUCACAUAACGGGGGCGCCCAAGCGACGGGGGAUGCAGCGGAUCAUGCGGUGGGACUUCAACACAGUGAGGCAAACAGCCGAGGCGAUCCACACAGCCGAAUCGAUCAGUACAGCCGAAGCUGCCUCGACGUGGAAAUAUCCUCCGUGCACAUAUUGAACAGCUUUUUUGAAGCCAACGAACGUGAUGAUGGCACAAACCAGAGCACCUACUAUCUGCUCGUUUUCCACAGCUCGUGCUGCAUAUCUGUUUUCCCGUUUAAUAAUGAAGGUGACCCCAGCGGAGGAGACACAACGGAGCGUAUUGAUAUACUUAGAGAGUCUAGCGUACAGAAUAUUUUUCUCGAGAGAGAUAACGUGAGCAUCGAAAACAUUGAACUCUUUGUGGAUCCCUCGGAGUUCUUUGUCUUUUUUAACAUCUCCUACCGUGAGGACUUCUCACACAUGGCGGACACCAGCAGGAGUCUGAUCUUCAUCCUCGAAAUAUUCAAUAAAAAGAGACUAGAUUUUAAAAUACCUCCCAAAUUUGUCCAGCUAGCUAAUAAGUCUAUUUUGCCCCUCUGCUCCAUCAGAUUAAUCAAAACAAACGGCUGCCUUAAGUUCUCCAAAGUGUUAAACGUAUCUGUGUCUUCUUCGUCUUUAAAUAUAAUUAACCUCUUCAUGUUUUCCAUUAUUUUUAAUUCGUCCAAGAAGAGUGUAAGCGUGCAGUCUUUUUCUGCUCCCAUUCCACUCCUCAUGGGGGACGUUUCGGGUGGCAGUGCCAUCCCCGCCACUGCUGAUGGGGAGACGGAGGCGGGAGUGAAGCGGGAAGGAGAACCGAAAAGGAAGGAUAUUAAUCGGGGAAGCGAAUUCGACAACAAGGGUACGAAGCGGGAAGAAGAAUCUGACAACAUGGGUACGACGCGGGAACAAGUGCCCACUGCUAAUGGAGACCAAGCGACAAGGGCGAACAAUGAGGCUUUCUCUUCCUCAGGGCACCCUGGCCGAAAGAUCCAACCUGAUGAUAUGAAAAAGGAAAAUGAAGAAACUGUGAACAUACAGAAGAAUAUAGCUCACUAUGAGGAAUUCCUAAACGCGAUAAUGACUUCGGGGGUGGGAAGUCAGCACGCACCCGAUGCAGUGACAGGCAGGGGGGCCAUAACAGGUUUCCCAGAAAAUACCAACGGUGGGCAUCAGAGUCAAAGGGAAGUUGCUACCCUACCACAUGGAAGAGGAAACUCCGUCCAGUCUAUGAGUAAGGAUGAAAUGACAUUUUUGACUUCGUUCAAAAGGGGAGGGGUCGACACAAGCAUAACGACGCAGGGGGAAGUAACGAUAGGUACACCUCCCCCUGUUCAUAAUGCCAGUGCGGACGUGAUAGCUACCCGUGAUGGAAUCCCCAUCGCAAACGGUGAUGCGAACCCGGGCAGUGACGAAGCCUGUGUUACCAUAAAGAAGAGGCUAGAGGAUCUUAUGGGAAAGGGUCACGGCGACGAGGCAGCCCAGGCAUUCCAGGCAUAUCAGUCAUCCUACGCAGCGGAAGAAGGAGCUCAUACACCAAAGAGACAAUUCAUGGGUCAUCCCGAAAUGGAGCAUGUGGAUGCCCUGACCAGCGGAAGGCACAAAGGGGAGCAAUUAAAGAUCCAGCAGAAGGUGUGUGAAGGUGGAAGAGAUGCAGCCGCUGUCAGGGGCUCCCCUGAUGAGGGCCUUGAAAGUGCAGGCAGCAAUUUUUAUGUAGAGGAAACCCCCCCGCAGAACGAGAACCCCAUUGGAGAAAUGCAGAUGAAUGAAAAUUUCGAAAAAUUGGAAGAAGAGAAAAAGGAUGAAGAAGUAGAAAUCACGAAAAGGUUAGGGCCGACAACAUCGCAUAGGAGCAGCAGAAAUGAGGGCCACCCUGAUGCGCUUUUGUCCUCUAUGGAGGGAGGAAGGAGCGUAGGCCCCCAAGGAGAAACAAACUCGCUAUCCCUUGACAUACCACUUUCCCCUCACGCUGAGGCGAAAACAGAAGUUAAGGAACAGGAAGAAAAAAAAACCGUCGAACAUAACAGCAGCAUUGACAUCAUAAUGUCGACACAUGAGGACGCACUGAGGAGGUUUAUGGAAUGUGAGGACGGAGGUGAGCCCAGCGAGAUGGACCAUCCGGAGAAGUCGGACGAGGAAAACAUUCCCAAACUGGACAGUCAACACAGCAUUAAUGACGGAGAGGUAGCCGCCGCAGAGGAGGUUCCACUGGAGGAAGACAUAGAGCACAACGAGCCUUAUGAGAAGGAGAACGAUGGGGGCGGGAAGAAGGAAAAAAAUCUGAAUUCCUUUUUACAGAAAUUAGGGUUCUUUAAAAGUAGCCCCUCCACAUGUGAGGAGAAAGCAGCGGAGCGAGCCUCCCCGAAAGCUUCUUGCGCGAAGGCACCCCCCACAGUAAGCAACACCAACAAGGGGGAUCUCCUGAACGAGGGAAAAGAUGAAAUGGAGAAGGAAAAACAACUGAAGGUGUCAUUACUGAAACGUAACAACAAGUCAGACAAGUGUAACGAGGUCUGCGGAAGUCGUGGAAGGGAGCACUUGGUUUGGGAUCCCACGGAAGGAGGAACUCCCAUGGUAGAUAGCGAGACCAAGUCGAUGGUGAAAAAAGAAGAAAAUGAAAUAAUCGCAUUGAACAAAUGCUCUUAUAAAGAACGAGAAGGGGUGAGCAUUAAGGCCGCCUUGAGUAACAGCACUCCGUGGGACCCUACUGGGGAGGGACAAGCAGCAAAAACAGCAGAAACGUCAGAAACAGCAAAAGCAGCAAAGGCAGCAAAAACAUCAGAUGACUUUCUCAAACAGAUGUGUAGCGAGAUAUGCAGAAAGGUCAGCGACCAAAUGGCAGAUAUUAUAUACAAGGAAAUUAGAAGCUUUGGAGUGGCAACCCUCACGAAGGAAGCCGCUGCUCAGGGACAAAUCAGGGAGGCUCACUUGGAAGGAAGCAUUAAUCUAGGAGAAAAGAAGUCAUACGAAGAAAUGGCAGCCUUGGUUAGCAAUUGUAACAGGAGGAUGAAUGAAAUGAUGGAGGAAAUGACCAGCCUGAGGAAUGGAAAUAAAAAUAUGAAUGCGAAGAUUCUGUCCAUUGGCACCACGGUCGGGAAGAUUUACGAUACACUGAAAGGGGGCGAUCCCCACAGCGCCCGCUUACACUGCGGGGGCGUGAACUGUGGCAACUGCGCGAGCGGCCAUGGGGUGUACCAUCGAGGACAGAAGACUAACGGGUAUGAAGUGAAGGUGGAGAAGCUGAUAAGCGAAAUGGUCGCUUUUAAGAAAGGCAUGUACACUGUGACGAGCAAACUGUCGGAGACAUUAUCGUGCAUGUCGGAUGAAUUGAAGAGCUCCUUCGCCAAGUCGGUAAAGGCGAAUAACGAGCAGCUGAAGAGGUGGGCACUGCAGGAUGUGCGGCACGGGCGCAGGGACGAAGAGGGGGAGGGACAUCAAAUGGGCGCUACCACGGAAAAUGGCGUAGACUACGACGUAGAGCACGAUAGGGUCACAGGACAAGCAGGGAAAAGACACACAACACCCUCUUUUAACAAAGACAUGGCGGACUUCUUUAAUAGCGCGCAUCAAAACGCCGUGAAGAAAAUUAUGCCCGCUGUUAUCUCAUCGGAGAUUCAAAUUCAGUUCGCCAAAAGUGUAAUCCCUGGAAUGAAGGAAGCUUACAACACGGGAUUCCAGUCAAUGAAAGAGUCGCUAAACUCGUUGCUAACAGAAAACAAGCAAUUGAUAAGUAAAGAAUUGUAUGCCAUAGAAAAGGCAGUGCUGUGCGAGAAGGCCGAGGGAGGGAAAAGUGACGACACGCUAAUUUCGAUUAGAAACAAGCUAGAGGAACUGCAAAACGAAAUGAAGCUUUUUACCUUCAAUAUGUAUAAGCAGAUUUCUUACCUGCGGGAUGAUAUUAACGGGAUUGGGAAGGCCCACAUGAUGGAGCUGGCCGAUGGCGGGGAACUCGACCAUGCGAUGUUGCGUGCGUCGGGAGAAGACGCCGCGGAGGAGGGGGAGCAGCAAGAGGAGGAGGACGACGACCAGGCCAGCUCCGAAGAGGAAGAGGAGGAGAUGGACCCGCGGGACGAUCACAAAGGGCAUAAGGAGCAGAGCGACUACCCGAAUGAGGGGAGCGAACGAGCAAGUCGCCGGAAUGACCCCAACGGGGAAAGGCAGUACGCAUAUCCAAGCCAGAGGUCCAUAGAUGAUAUCCAAAAUGGAACAAGUAGCAGCUCCAUCGCGGAGUUAAAACAAGAAGAGGAUUACCUCCCCCCCAAGCCACAUAACGACACUUCAGAUAUUCUUAUCAAAGGGAGAAUUAACCACCUACUGAGUGAGGGAGAACUCAACCAAGCAUUCACGUUAGCUCUUUCCAUCGAUAUCGAAAGGAACACAAAUGCUCAGUGGCUGCUUCAGAUGUGUCGUCGAUUCAAUGUUAAGCAUCUCCUCAAUGAGAGGUUGUCUCUAACACAACCAGUACUACUAGGGAUAAGCAAAAUUCUAUGUGAAUCCCUUAUGAGGACAUCAAACUUGACAAUGGAAGAAGCUGACUUCAGAAUGAAAUGGAUUCAGGAGUGUCUCAAACAGUUGGACGUAAACCAUUCAGACUUAGUAAAAACCAAUUCGUACAUUUUUGUAAAAAAUAUGUUUAAUAACAUUUCUGCGUUUAGCUACCUUGUGGGGAAAGAAAUUGGGAAGCUAAACGAGAGCGUCGUCAAUUUGGCAAAUCUUGACUUGAACAGGAGGAUACUCUUAAAUGAAGAUCCUCAUUUGAGGGAGAAGAAGAUGCACAGCAGGUCUGGCGUAGAGGAGACUGAGGCUCUGGCCAGUAGGAACCUGUACUUGGGUUCUCCCCAGAAGUAUUAUCUGCACAACAAGAACAUGCUUGUGGCUCUGCAGGAGAGGCUCAUGCUUAUUAGGAAGCUCCUCAAGAGGUACUGCUGGGAGAGCAUUAUCGACAGCCUGGGCGCCAACGAAGAUGCCCCCAUGUGCAGCAGGUAG